AGGGUGGGCCUGGUUACCAGAAGCCGGGUCCACAGUGGUCAGGCCUCGGACCACCAGCUGCCCGGCCUCCGUGAGGGCCAACUUUGCUUUUUCUUAUCUCAGAAAAAUCUUACGCAGAUUAUUUAACCGAAUUAUCCCCCAACAGAUCCAGGUAGAUCUUCCCAGUUCCCGUUAAGGACAGAGGGGACCUCGACAACUUCUCUGGCCCAGGUCGGGUUUGGCCUGUCUGGCCCCCUAGGCUGGAAGGAAUUGACCUGUGGCGGCGAUUCCUGCCUCCCCAAGACCCUAGGCAUUCCCCGAAGGGCGCCCCACCCCUUAAAGGGUUCCCCGGUGGCCCCUCUAAAGUCCUCCGAUGACCCUGAAGGUCCCCACGUGUCACCUCGAAAAUCCUGUGUUGUCCCUAGAAGGGUCCUAGGUAGCCCAGCUUGGAGGGAGGGGGCUUCACACAGGCUGCCCCAUCUUAGAGACUAGAGGGGAGCGGCCCAGGUGCACUCAGACCCUGGACAGAAGAUAGGCAGUUCCCUCUCUGCUCUCUGCAAUAUGGAGGAGUUUAAAUUCUUACUCGGCCAUAGUCCAAGAUUUCUCUAGGGAGGGAGAAAAUGAGUAAGAGGAAGAAGCUUCGGACCUCAGGAGGGGAAGGAAUCCGUCCUCCAAAACUUCCAAAGAACCCAAGGUUAGGAGACUCUGACGGGCAACCCCAGAGUUCCAAGUUGGGCCAUUGGCAUCACCCUGAAGAGACAGAAAGCAGAUCAGGACCUGCUCCCUCUGCAGAGCAGAGCAGGGAGGAACCAGGACAGGCAGCUUCCAGCUCUCCUUAUGAGGAAGCAGGAGCUCCCUCCAGGCUCCUCGGGCAGCCAGAAAAAGAGCCAGUUCGCCUUCCUUCUUCCCAGACCUCAGUCGGGAGGUUUGUUCCCCGGUUUGAAAAACCCAGGAAGACAGUGACAGGACGAGCGGAGAGGAGAGAAGAGGACCCCAGGCAUGGGGCCUUCAGCUUGGAAACACUGCCAGAACCCAGUGCCCAGCAGGUCAGAAGCCAGCCUCAAGAGGAGUCCCCAGGGCUUGCCCUCCAGGAGACCAGGGACCCAGGAGACCAGACCCAGGCAGACAGCGCCUGCCCUGAGCCCAGCGGCCAAAACCCUGUGAUGCCUGUGCCUGGCGAUGGGGAUCCUCAGCCCUUGGCCUCCAGCAUUGCCUCUCUGGAGUGGGGGACAGUGCCCUCGGCCUCAGAGAGGGCCAGCCAGGACCACCUGUCAAAGCAUGGGACCAACGUGCCAGAUGGCGGAAGCACGGAGGAAGGUUGGGUUCCAGGUGAUCAUGGCCAGAAAGGGCACCUGCCAGGCAGUGAUGCUGAAGAGGAGCCAGACCAAGGAGCCCUUCAGGAGGGAGGUGCACAAGGGGAAGCAGGAGCUGAGCUGCCUGAGGAGCGCCAGGAGGAAGAAGAUGGCAUCCUGGGCCCAGAGCCCAGAUCUGCAGCCCAGGGCCCUCCUGACCCUCUGCAGACACCCGGCUGGACUGCGGGGGGAGCAGAGUGGAGCUAUAGCAGCCCAAGAUGCUCCCGCCUUGGGGAUGUUGCCAUCGCAGGUGUGAGCACAGAUCCCACGAAGCCAGAACAGAGGGCUCUGGAGGUGGCUGGGCCAGACGGGACGGUCAACACCAGGGUGACUGCCUCUCCCAGCGGGAAGGCUCCUGAUGGAGGCCACAGCAGGGCCCUGCUCGGGUGCAUGCCUCUCAAUGGGGAGACCACAGGAGGCAGAGAGGAGGCAAGGUGGGAAGACAAGCCCCCUGAUGAUGUCCCGGGGGACCUUGCAGCCUCCCUGGCUCCGGCUCAGGAGAUCCAAGAGCCCACAAUAGGUGUUGGGGAUUCCAGCCCUUUAGCCUUGGAAAUGGGUCCGGGUGUGGGUCAGGCACAGGUACCAGGCCCGGAUCAAGAAGGGCUGGGAGGUGUGUGCUUGCUGCCUUUGCUAUCGCAACCUGUGGGUAAAAAGGCAGCUGAGUUAGGGAGCCAUAGCCACAAACAAGACCUCAAGGGGCUCAGUUUGUCCCUCGGAGCCUGUGCUCCACCAGUGUACAGAGAAGCAGUGGACGGCCCUCCCCAGGAUGCCGGGGCACGUCAGGGCAGCCCAGUUGCCCGCACAAGCCCGGCAGGCCAGCCUGAGCAACCUGCUGACUCUUCAGAGCAGGCUGUCUGGGAGGGGUUCCCAGCCAUGGAACUCUACUUCCUGCCGGACAGCCAGCCACAGGAUGCCCCGGAAGCCCCUGGUUUUGAAGCCCCACCUGAACAGUUGUCUCCUGCAGGGGGCGGGCUGGACCCUUGCUGGCCUGGCACCAGCCCACGUGCCGAUGGAGGCUCCCUUGCUGAGGCCCAGCCAAGGACCCGAAUGGGGAUCAAGACCUGCGAAGCCGCCAGGAUGGAGGAUGCAACAGACACCGUGCGAGGCCUCGUCAUCGAGCUCUCCAACCUGAACCGGCUGAUCAUGAGCGCCCACCGGGACCUGGAGGCCUUCAAGCGCCUCAGCUACUACCAGAAAGCAAAGCUGGCAGGGAAGGCCCCUGCAGCCUACACACCAAAGGGGGCUGGGAAUCUCCCUCGAGGGGAGCAGUCCUGGAGGGACUCGUAGGUGUGUGUGCUCUUACAAGCGCGCGGGCCCCCACAAGUGCCUGACGUUCCUGCCAAACAGCUGGAAACAAUCCCUCAGCAGACUCCGGAAAGCCUGCUGGCCCCUGUGUGCCCCCUGUUAUUUUGUUACCAUUCGGGAUGUUCCAGCAAGUCCUGGUGGGCCCCAGAAACCUCCCCUCAGGUGACCUGGAAGUCACCUUCCCAUGGGAAACACAAAAGGCCCUGCCAUCCUCAGCGUCCUCCCUUGGGAGUCGCGUGGGGGAGGGAACCUGCUCCUCCCUGUGGCAGAGGCCUGGAAGCUGGAGGCCCAGAGGCAGGCUGGGGCCCCAGGAAGCUGUGGGUGGCGGGGGGAACACAGAGCCGCCCAGAUAUUUAUCUGGGUUUGCAAAUUUCAGCUCCUUAGCCGAGGUUAUGGAAGGUUCAGAAUUUGUUUCUUUCCUGGAAGAGAAAAGGGCU